GGGAAGUUACUAUUCAAGUCAAACACAUCAGAAUGCAGAAUUCUUUAUCAGUAUCACCAAAAGAUCAAGGAGAUGUUUCCGUGCUCACCAGUCCUGAGAAGCAGCUGAAACAGAAAAUGUCAGACUCUCCUGGAAAGACAGUGUGCACAGGUGAAUCAAACAUCCCUUCCGGAACAAUUCAGGGUGGGAAAGGUUUGCAGAAUAAGAGUCAGUUUAGGACCAUCGCACCAAAAAUUGUGCCCAAAGUUGUAACAUCCAGAGUGCUGUCAUGCCAUUCGCCGUCACUCUCUGAUCAGGUGAAUCCAGGACCUUCCAUCAGCUCUAAGCCCCUGGGGAUGCCCACCCAGAAUUAUGCUCUAAUGCAGGUUUCUGGCCAGGAGGGGACGUUUUCUCUUGUUGCUUUGCCGCAUGUUGCCUCAGCUCAGCCAAUCCAGAAACCCAGACUGCCCCUUCCUGAAAACCUUAAACUGCCUAUUCCUCGAUACCAACCCCCAAGAAAUAACAAAGGAUCAAGAAAAAAACCCAUUCUGAGCUCCUCUGAGAGUGGCUGUAACAAACCUCCUGCCCAAACCCAAGCGCCCCCUUCCCCACCUGACCGUCCUGAACCACCGCACGAGCACAGUCAGUCCAAGCCAGUGCCAGCACUAGACCACGCCCCAGCCAUCGUCAGCACGGCUGCGCUGACCAACGGAGGUGGCCACGGGGACUCUCAACCUCCAGGGACCAACGACCAUGGAGAUCCGAACCCUCCUGCUACCCCAACAUUGUCCACACAAGAGGAGCCCUCAGCCAAGCAGGGCCUCACAAAGGUUUCAGGGAAAGCAAAUUUUGCAAACAAGAAAACAUCCAGUAAACCUUCUGCUGUUGCCAGUGAAAAACUGAAAGAACAAGUUGAUCUUGCAAAAGCCAUGACCAAUUUAUCACCAGCCAUUUUUGGCAAUGCAGUUCAGUUGAUCUCUUCAGUCCCCAAAGGGAAAUUGCCAAUCUUACCCUACUCAAGAAUGAAGACAACGGAGGUUUACAAAAGUGAAUCAGAUGUGAGCACCGCAGAUUUUUCUUUCCCUGGGCUCAGGGCAGACUGUGAUAAGACAGCUUCCAUUGCAGAAGGCUUGAAUGCAGCCCCCAAAAUGGCCAACAAGAUAGUUGUUCCACAGGCAGAGUUGAAGCAGAGUCCUUGUGAAAGUGCCUUUUUUCUGGCCACCAAACUCGAUCUCAACCACAGAACAAAACUCAGCAGUGGGGCAGCAAAGAGAAGAGGAAGAAAACGAAAGGUACCAGAUGAAAUUUUGGCACUUCAGGGAAAAAGGAGGAAGGGUAUCAUUAAUAAGUGUAAAGAUGGUAAAGAAAGAGUAAAAAACGAUCCCCAAGAAUCCAGAGAUCAAAAACCUGGGACUAUGAAAAAAUACCGUAGCAUUAUGCCUAAACCUGUCAUUGUCAUGCCUGCUCUGGCUCCCCUGGCUUCUCCUGCAGCUACGUUGGAAUCCCAAACGCUCAGCAGAACAGGACUGGACGUUUUGUUAAAUAAUUCACUCACUCCUAAAUAUCUCGGCUGUAAGCAGGAUGACAGCCCUUCCCCUAAGGCCGGCUCUGUGUUCCGCAGUGGAUUCUCUGGCAUUAAGAAGCCUUGGCACAGGUGCCACGUCUGUAACCACCACUUCCAGUUCAAACAGCACCUUCGAGACCACAUGAAUACACACACCAACAGACGCCCUUACAGUUGUCGGAUUUGUCGCAAGGCGUACGUACGUUCUGGCAGCCUGAGCACACACAUGAAACUCCAUCACAGUGAGAACCGGCUGAAGAAACUCGUGUGCUGUGAAUUUUGUGCAAAAGUGUUUGGUCACGUCAGAGUCUAUUUUGGCCAUCUAAAAGAAGUGCAUAGAGUUGUCAUCAGCACCGAGCCCUCCCCCAGUGAACCGCAGCCAGGGGACGUGCCAAAGAACAGAGAUGUGAAUGUGCGAGGGCUGGAGGGCUCAGUGGAGAGGGAAAACAAGUCAAACCUGGAAGAAGACCUCCUUCUAAACCAGGCAGACGAAGUCAAGUUACAAAUCAAAUGUGGCCGCUGUCAGAUCACUGCUCAGUCUUUCGCUGAAAUCAAGUUUCAUUUGCUUUAUGUUCACGGAGAGGAAAUUCAGGGCAGACUACAAGAGGAGGUCUCACCAGGAAGUAAAGGAGCCCAGGAAGAACUGGUUAAGCAUGCUGACCCUCACUGGAGACAGCUUCCUGCCAGAAGAGAACUGGCCGCGCACUGUCCCUCUGACGAGCACUUACAGGCACUGCCUAAACUGAAAAAGCAGCUCGACCUUCAUCACCAGAGUGGCGUGGAAAUACUCAGGAAAAAUGAAGGCGGCCAGCCGGGACCAAGGGAGCCAGGGGAAGAGCCCCAGGGCCCUGAGUGUCCCGGCCCCCACCCCGUUCUCCUUCGGUCCCAGUCGGGCCUUCACUGCAUCCUUUGUGCACAGACUCUGGGAAGGAAAGAGGAACUCCUCCUGCACUGGGAACAACAGCACAAUUGUGAGGACCCUCCCAAACUCUGGACAAUUUUAAAUGCACUUUCUAACCAGGGAGUGAGGGAACUUUCCACUGAAACUGGAAAAUGAAACAUUGGGGCAAGAGGGAGGUUAAAGAGUUUUGCGAUCACCUUUCUCUCGAAGCUUUGUGAUUUAUGGUGGUGCUUAAUUAUAAAAAUCAAACAAGUCAAGAUCAGCACUAAUGAGCAGAAGUGAUGUUUGUACAUAGUUUUAUUUUCUUAUGAAAUAUAUCUAUGCUCUUGAUGCAUAUUUUUCUAACCAUAUGCAGUUUAUUUUAAAAUUCUGUGUACUGUUAAUGUCUUAGACUUUAUUUCAGAAUAAAUAUGUAAAAAGA